AUGGCACUGCUGAAGAUUAAAUUCACUUUCCAAAGCCGCGUGCGCCUGGCUCAAGGACUGUGGCUGCUGUCCUGGUUGGCCGUCAUCGCUGCGACCCUCACCUUCUCCAUGGGGGUCUUCCUCAAGGCGGAGCUUCACAAAAGGUCCGAGGUGAUGGACAACACAGAAAUCCAUGCCGUCCCCAACACCCUAAUUGUGGUGGGCCUGGCUUCCUUGGGCAUCAACUUCUUUGCUGGCCGGAUCUGCCAAGAUGCUCUGGACACCACUCGCUUCCCACGCUGGAAGAGUUUCCUGCAGCCCUACUUUAUCCUGUCCCUCUUUUUCACCUUACUCAUGCUGGUUGCUGUCAUCAUGAGCUAUGCUAUGAAGGGCAAUUUGGAAGAGUCACUGAAGAUUGGCCUGAAAAAUGGUAUUCGCUUCUACAAAGAUACAGACAUACCAGGGCGCUGCUUCCAGAAGGAGACUAUUGACCGGCUUCAGAUGGACUUUCGUUGCUGUGGGAACAACAACUACAAGGACUGGUUUGAAGUGCAGUGGAUCAGCAACCGAUUCCUGGAUUUUACCUCCAAGGAAGUUAAGGACCGGAUCAAGAGCAAUGUAGACGGACGCUAUCUGAUAGACGGGGUUCCCUUCAGCUGCUGCAAUCCUGAGUCUCCACGGCCCUGCAUCCAGCACCAACUGACCAACAACUCUGCUCACUACAACUACGAGUACCAGACUGAAGAGCUGAACCUCUUCAACCGUGGCUGUCGUGAGGCUCUCGUCAGCUACUACAUGGGCAUAAUGAACUCCAUCGGUGCCGGUGUACUGUCAGUCUUCAUCCUACAGAUGUCAGUACUCGUGAGCGUGCGUUACUUGCAGACUGCCACGGAGGCUUUAGUGGGGCAGGAGAACACCGAGAUCGAGACCGAAGGGUAUCUCCUGGAAAAAGAGGUGAAAGAGACCAUCAAGGAGAAGAUGGACACUAUCCUCAAGUUCCUUCCGAUCAACCAAGUGGAUGCUGCUGCAGGGCAAGGGUCAGCUGAGGUCGGAGAGAAGCCAGCCACACCAGCCAGCUAA